UGGCUGCCUUCCUCAUAGUGUCUAGUAGUGAGUGAGUCGGGAGAGUCGCACCAAUCAGACAGACAAGAACCCAACAACCCCAGGCAGGAAAGAAAAAAAAAACCCAAACCAUUGGCCCCCUAUCUAAAUGGUUGCAUCGACGAGUUGCAGUUUUGUUUUGCAGUAGGAAAAUGUUUUCAAUCAAUUGCACCUCCAGAACCAGGCGAAAGUAAUGUCCGACGACGAGUCCUUCCCAUUGCAUGAGUGCGUUUUCAGGGGAGACACUCGGAAACUGUCCCAACUUUUGCGGUCCCACGAACCCUCGGGAAAGGACAAACAUGGCAACACACCACUGCACCUGGCGGUUAUGCUGGGACGAAAAGAAUGUACCUAUCUCCUGUUGGCGCACGGUGCCCCGGUUAAAGUGAAAAACCAACAAGGAUGGUCCCCACUAGCCGAAGCCAUCUCCUACGGAGAUCGGCAAAUCAUAUGUUCCUUACUGAAAAAACUCAAACAACAAGCCCGCGAACAGAUGGACCAGCGGAGACCCAACCUGGUGAAGGCCCUCAAGCAGAUGGGAGACUUCUACAUGGAACUCAAGUGGGACUUCCACUCGUGGGUGCCGCUGAUCUCUCGCAUCCUCCCGUCGGACGUUUGCAAAAUUCACAAGUCCGGUUGCUCAAUCCGGCUGGACACCACCCUGGUGGAUUUCUCGGACAUGCGCUGGGAACGGGGCGACAUCUCGUUCAUUUUCAGAGGCGAAAACCCUCCCAAAGACUCACUGACGGCCCUGGACAACGAGUGCCGCUGCUAUCAACACGUACGCCACGAGGAAACCGAGCUGGAGAUCGAAGACGAAGUGGACAUUCUGAUGUCGAGCGAUAUCCUUGCGGCGCAGAUGUCAACCAAAAGUAUUAGCUUUACGAAGGCACAAUCCGGCUGGAUAUUCCGUGAGGACAAGAAGGAAACCGUGGCCGGACAGUACGACAGUGAUCUCUACACCAUCAAUGGGUUGACGCUGGAGCAACGGAAACGGCGGGAACACCUUUCACGGGACGACCUUCAAAAGAACAAAGCUCUGAUGGAGUCGCUAACUAAGGGUGGCCAAUCGGCAGGUAUCGACCAAAAUGGAGAAAUCAUUCGAAGGGCUUCGUUGCAACCUCCACCCAGCAGUAGCAUUACGUGGGAGGACUACAUUUCGGCCGAACCGGGACAGUAUCCCAACCUGGGACGUGACUUAGUUUAUAAGGAAUCGAGUAAGAAUUUUAGAGCUACCGUUGCUAUGAGCAAAGACUUUCCGCUGAGCGUGGACAUGCUGCUGAGCGUGCUGGAGGUGAUUGCCCCGUUCAAACAUUUUAGCAAAUUACGUGAAUUUGUCACGCUGAAGCUGCCGAGCGGCUUCCCGGUGAAGAUCGACAUCCCCAUCCUGCCGACCGUGUCGGCCAAGAUCACCUUCCAGAAGUUCGAGUUCCGGAACGACAUCUCGCCGGAGCUGUUCGUCAUUCCGGACAACUACAAGGAGGACAGUAUGAGAUUUCUCAUCUAUUUUAUAGAUUUCCUGAUUUAUGACCUUUCGAUUUCGGACACGUAAACUGCGAACAAUCGGCGGUCAAAAUCCCAAUGGCCAAACCGAUUGUUGGACCCCUCGACGUUGGCUGUUGCAGUCGCAUGCCCUGCGACUCUGAAUCCCGUAGUAUUUGAAGAAUGAAAAAAAAACUUCGUCGUGAAAACAAAUUUUACCGAUCUACAACGUCAUCGUCAUCACUCUUACCAUAUCCAAACGCAUCCUAAUCAUCUUGAGCGAUUCAUCUUUGUUCGCCAUUUCAUCUUCGUAAGAAAUACAACCGUAAUCAACAGGAAUCGUAAAAGCUCUCCGAUUGACAGGACCCUAGUCUGAAAAUUCAGUGUCCAGCGAAUGUCAUAAACAAUGGCUACUUAAAUCUACAAUUCUUACAUAAUCAGAUAUUGAUCAAGACGGAAAAAGACAGAAAUAAACUAAACCUUCAACCAUCUCUAUGCCCUUUUUCUACAUGAAACCACUCAAUCACUUUGACUACAGGUAAAAUAAUCCAUUCCAUUAACGUAAAUCGAUAUCCCUAUGAAUGAUAGCAAACAUGAGAAAGAAAAAGGAAAAAGCAAGAAAUAUCAUUUUAAACUUACAAUGAAUGAAGAUUAAAUCAAUUUGUAAUACUUUGACAAACAAGAUCCAACAAUUGGCCCGAAACGAAAAGUAAAAUUCAAAUUGAAAGGCAAUCAGCAAAAAUCCCUAGAAUAACCCGUAAAAUUCAAAUACCUUCUAGCAGUAAGCUCAUCAUUGUUUGCGCUUUGUCGAUAGAAAAAGGAAAAUAAAUUCGAAAAAGUGAUAAAAUCAAACAUGAAAGAUCAUCGUUAAGUAGCAGAUAAUUAGCCUCAACAAAUCAAUAUUGUCGUCUCCAAAGUGGAUGUCCCCUACGGUGGGAAAAUGGUUUCCCACAGUGAAUCGUUAUGUUUUUCGUUGCAGCAGCAGGCAUAUCUGUGCAUAUAGUAAGAGCUUUUCUCCAGAUCCUUGUUCCUUUUCGGUCCCAGCUCCUCAUCCUAUUCCCGGCGCCCUCUUGUAUGUAAGAUGAAUAGCAAAUAAACAAUUUGUUUAAAUUUACAAACCAAGA